GCGGUUAGUUUAGUGAGAGGCGCGGGCGUCGCAAGGCUUGCCGGCCUUUGAAUUCCAGUGACAUUCCAACUUGAACUAGAAUAAACUCUGUGUCAUAUAGUUUAAAGUUUAUUUUCCGUUGAUAUUGUUUAGAAUUUUUGUGAAACUUUUGCUAAACAGUGACCCCGGUGUAGUGUGACAAUGCACGAGGAAAAUUCAGUUAGUGAUGAUUUGAAAAGGCAGGCUGCUUUGUUUUAUAAUUCGACAGAAAGGGAAAGAGUAAACGAAGUCAGGAGUAGCAGCACAACAUGGCGGUUCUGGGAGAAGCGGCGGCUGGUGGUGUCAUUGCUGGCGUUCUUUGGCUUCUUCAAUGUAUACGCGCUCAGGGUCAACCUGUCGGUGGCCGUGGUCGCCAUGACGGAGCCUGUAGAGGUCGAGCUGGACAAUGGGACUAUUAUUUACGUGCCAGAAUUCGACUGGUCAUCCACGACAAAGGGGUGGGUGCUGAGCUCCUUCUUCUACGGGUACCUCGUGACUCAGUUACCGGGCGGGUGGCUGGCUGCUAAAAUAGGAGGUAACAGAAUGUUCGGGAUAGGCCUCGGCGCUACAUCGCUACUGACUCUAUUCACCCCGCCGCUGGCUCACAUCAGCACGGGACUCCUGAUCGCUGUUAGAGUCGUAGAAGGACUUUUUGAGGGUGUAACGUAUCCCUGCAUACACGCGGUGUGGUCCCGCUGGGCGCCGAGCAAUGAGCGAGCCCGCCUCGCCACGUUCGCGUUCAGCGGCAGCUACGUCGGCACCGUGGUGUCCAUGCCCGUGUGCUCGCUGCUGGCGCACUACACCGGCUGGCCGGGGAUAUUCUAUGUGUUCGGAAUUGUCGGGUUAGUUUGGACUACAAUAUGGUGGUUGGUAGUCAAGGAGUCACCGGAGAAAGAUCCCCACAUUACUGCAGCUGAAUUGAAAUAUAUACAGGAGUCUCGAGGGGCGAUAGCGGUGGACGGGUCGCAGAUUCGACACCCGUGGCGCGCCAUGCUGACGUCAGGGCCUGUGUGGGCGAUCGUCAUGGCGCACUUCAGCGAGAACUGGGGCUUCUACACCCUGCUCACCUUCCUGCCAACAUUUAUGCAAGAUGUGUUCAAGUUCCAAACGUCAGCAACCGGUUUGCUGUCCGCUGUGCCAUACUUGGCAAUGGCCGUGGUUCUCCAAGUGUCGGGUCACAUGGCCGAUUGGAUGCUACACAUGCAGCUGAUGUCACGAACUAACAUACGGAAACUGUUCAACUGCGGCGCUUUCCUCGCCCAGACAAUCUUCAUGAUAGCGGCUGCGUACUCGACGUCUAUCGUUGGUUGUGUCGUUUGCCUCACCAUAGCGGUUGGACUCGGAGGAUUCGCUUGGUCUGGAUUUAGCGUGAACCACCUGGAUAUAGCUUCGCCACACGCCAGUGUCCUGAUGGGCCUGUCGAACACCAUCGCAACGCUGCCCGGGAUCAUAAGUCCGCCUCUUGCGGGCUUCAUAGUCACUGACAAGACAGCAGAGCAAUGGCGUCUCGUGUUCUUCAUAUCUAGCGCCAUCUAUCUGCUGGGCGCGAUAGUGUACGGCAUAUUCUGUUCCGCGGAGAGACAGCCAUGGGUGGUGGAGGUGGACUGCGACGCCAGCUUCGACACAGACGCCGCCUCCGUCACCACUGCACGAGGAUACGACAACAAGGCCAUGGACAAUAGCUCCGAGAUGUAGAUGUUUAUUUUAAAAUACCAGACAUCAAUGGCGAGCUUUGACUAUUUAGACUAUGGACCUGUUUCGCACCCGAAAUCACCAACAAAAAAGUCUGUCAUUUUUGAGGGGGACGAGGUAAACUCACACAUCGAAAAUGUUUAACACCAUUAAAUAUAUUCAGUGUCCAUACACUACACACAACUAUAAAUUUGUCUCGUAUACACACACGUGUAAUUUUUACACAGAGUAACAAACACAUUGCUUAGACUAUCCACAGAAUUUAUACAUAGAAUAUUCGAUUACUUGAUUGUUUUUUGUUGUUCCGUCAAAAGAAUCGAUUCUUUUUAGAAAUUGUUUUUUGUUACAAAUUUGAUAAAAUUAAGAUAGAAAUAUUUACAAAUGAAAUGUUACUUCAUCUUUUAUUAAAUUACAAGUUUUUGGCCUUUUUAAUGCCAUUCAACUACAGAAACCGGCAUUUUUAGGGAGCUCUUUACACGACGAAAACGAUUACAACAAUGAAACAUCGAUUUUAUAUCAACAGUUUUUAUUAACGCGUUAGAUCAUUGAUUUUUGAUCUUUGCCAGAGGGGUGACGGUUAGCGAGGCAGGUCCUGUUAUUAAUGGUCGAAGAUGACGUGUAGUAUUCAACGCCAUCUAUUGGCUAAGUGUGAUAGUAUACGGCCUAAACUGUUCCGCGGAAAGCAGUCCAGCAGGCUAAUUCACUAACUUUGACGUAUGUUAGUUGACAUUUGAAAUUCUAUGUAACAAAUGUCAUUAGGUAAAUGACAAUUCUCAGUUGAUUUGAUGUUUAUUUUAAUAGGUCGUUAAUUAAGACCAAAUUAGUGAAUAGCACUCAAAUAAGACAACAAGACCAUGGGCAGGAGCUCAGAGAUGUAAGAGUAUUUAUGGUUUAUUUUUUUUAAAUGUUUGCUACAGCUUUGGGUUCUAGCUCUUUUAGGCGUGUCUAUAGUCUGUGAUGAUCACUCAAUUUGUCAUUGUAACCAGACUUAAAAACCUUUUUAGUAGUUAUUAUUUUCUUCAAGAUUUUACAUUAAUAUGAGUUUUUAUCAAAUAACAGCGAAUUUAUUUGUCGUUUUGACGUAUACUAUAAGAUGCCAUUAUUUGUUUAAUUUUUUAUGGUAUAGACGUACAUUGUACAUACUCGUAUACCUGGCACAAAAUGGACCAUCUCCGUUCAAAAUGUAAACUCUUAAGUAAUAAUUGUAUUUAUUUAGUUAUUAAAAUAUUAUUUCUACUCUAAGAUUAUUGUAAUAUUGGAAGUGCAGAUCUGUAUUGUUAUAUUCAUAAAAAAAUAUUUAGUAUGGAUUGUUGAAGACUAGCGAACACCUGCGGCUUCGUCCGCGAAAAAACCAUUGUAAGCUUUCAUCCCCUUUUGGUACCUUUAAGGGCAUCAAAUGCAGUGAUUAUUUAUUUCCAUAUUAGUUAGUGUUACAUCCAUCUGUUUGUUACCUUUUCACGGCUAAACCGCUGAACCGAUUUUGAUGAACUUUGGUAUAGUUGGAUGCAAUCUCCAAGACGUCUUCUAAAAUUCACUAUCCUCGGGUGUUAUAGGCUAUAUUUUACCCCCGUAUUCCUACGGGAACAGGCACUACGAUGAAACUGCGCGGCGUCUGCUAAUGGUACAUAUUAUUGAAUAUUCCCUUUAAAAAAAAUCCAAAUUGGCUCACCCGUUUCUGAGAUCUCGAAAUACUAUAUUAACAUAUUAUAUUAUUAAAAUACUUACAUAUUAUCAAUAUACUUAUAUGCGGUUUAGCUCUGGAUGUAUUAUUCAGUGGCGUGCAAUUCAUAGAUGCUAAAAUGCACUGCCUACCUUGGGAGCUUAAUUUGUAUGUAUUAUGCAUACCCUCAUCAUCAUCAUAAUAUCAGCCGAUGGACGUCCACUGCAGGACAUAGGCCUUUUGUAUGCAUACUCUAGUUAAUAUUAUUAUGCACGCCACUGGUAGUAGUGAGGUGUGGACAUAAGCAUUUGACAGACGCGUUGGUGUGUAAAACUGAAGGAGCGUCAGCAAUCCAAAAACAUUACAGUUCGUGCAGAUAACCUUGAGAACUGGCUCAAAUGAUGUUUGUACCGUGUUUUUUUGGUUAUGCUUGGUAGCCAGGUUUCAAGUUAAUGCGCACGAGUUAUACUAAAUGAACAUCCAUCUGUGAGUGGUUGCUACACAACGGUUUUUUAACAGUUUUCCAUGUCAUACGUCACCCUUUGUACUCUAAUAGUUAUUUAUAUUUUAUGCCCCCUGUCAUGUAACGAGGGCCAUUGUAGUACCAUUCAUCGGGCCAUCGGGCCGCAUUGCAAGAAACAGCUCAUGACUAAGGGCCCCGUAUGGGUUCUAAACUAUUCGUGUAUACUCUGAAGUUGUAUCACAUGAGUCUCAAUAAUGAACAAUACCAAACGACCUGUACGAAUGAAAAUCUUUGUGAUAACGUUUGAGAUUUUAUAUUGAGUACAUUACGUAAUGGGAGUAUAAAGAUAAUUUAACAAAACUUUUCUGUUGUGUUGACCUUUCUUUAUGUUACCCAUAUAUUCAAGACAACCCCCCUCCCUAGGAUAUAACUAUACCUAUCGUAUAGAUAUAAUGUUUUAUAUAUUUAGUUAAGUAAAGAUAUAUUAUAUUGCUGUUUUGUGUAUAUUUUGUAAGUAAUUGCUGUGAUCAAUAAAUUCUUAUAAAAGUAA